GUCUCAUUUCUGGUCCGCCCUGCUUCAGUUUUCAGCAACGCUAGGUUGCCUGCAGCGGGUCUGACUACGCUAGUGCCAGACCCCAGCUUCAACCUUUCUGUCCAGUGAGCCUGGCGGGGGAGCAGUAAUCACAGACACUACAGGCUGCAUUGUCAAGGUGCGGGAUACGCGCACGUCACACGACGGCCGAAAACGUGUCUUCCUUCUAGAGGCGACCCAGACGGAGCGGACCUCUACAAGCAUGCACCGAUCGCUGUGAUGGAUCUCAGCGGCGUGUGCCGUGUCCAGAAGCUGACGUCUUCGUCUCCGCUUCCCCUGCUUCGAUCACCUUCACUGCGCCGGGCUGUAUCUUCUAAGAGAGAACGCACCGAUCGUCGCGCGAUGUGCAACCUCUCGCUCAACAUGAAACUCGCCAUCGCUGUUAUCGCGCUCCUGCCCUUCGUGCUCGCCGUCCGAGCAGACGAGGUCCAUCUGUCGAAUCGCGCUAUCACGUAUCAGAUCUGGCCCGGAGGCGGCGACGCGUUUAAUCCCGGAGGUGGCGGAAGCACAGGAGGGGGCGGAAGCACGGGGGGGAGCGGAAGCACGGGGGGGAGCGGAAGCACUGGGGGGAGCGGAAGCACAGGCGGAAGCGGCAGCGGAGCUCCUACGGCUGGCAGCGGUGGAACUGGGGGAGAUGGAAACCUCUUCCCUUCCCCUCAGUCCCCUCCUAGCGACGGGUCCCCCAGCAAACCUCCCUCGUCCUCAUCGCCUCCUUCCCCCAGCAGUCCGUCCAAGUCCUCGACUCCGCCUGUGCAGUCGUCUCCCCCGGCCGACCCUCCGCCUACCUCGUCCUCUUCCUCCCCUCCGGUGAACCGAUUUAAGACGGGCCCGCCGUUUGCACCACCCAAGUCUCCAGAUUUCCAGGCUCCCCAGUCACCGCCGUGGCAGUCGCCACCUGUUGAAUCCCCGCCGAUUCCACAGUCCCCGCCCAAACAGUCCCCGCCUAAGCAAUCCCCUCCCAAGCAGUCACCGCCGAAGUCUCCGCCCAUUGAUUCAUCGCCUCCUCCCAAUGAUCCAUCCCCUCCCAGGUCUUCCCCUCCUAAAUCUUCCCCUCCCAAGUCUUCCCCUCCCAAGUCUUCCCCUCCCAAGUCUUCCCCACCCUGGACGUUUCCUCCUGUCUCGCCUCCGUUUUUUCCUUCACCCGCCAUGUCGCCACCCUGGGCCAGCCCCCCCAUUAAGUUCACCAACUCGUCUCCACCCUCUCACCCUCCACCUUCUCUCUUCCCGGCCCCGUUUCCGCCGUCCUCGAAACGUUCUCCUCCCCCUAAGGCCGAGUCCCCUCCUCCUUCCCCCCCCGACGCACCCCCUCCCGACGCACCUCCUCCCGACGCACCCCCUCCCGACGCACCCCCUCCCGAAAGUCCGCCUCCCCCCCAUAGCCCUCCGCCGCCAAGGCCCCCUUCCAGGCCCCCUCCUGCCCCGCCGACCCCUUCCCCACCUCCGCCAGUCCCUCCCCCUACACCUGCGCCAGCGCCCGCGCCCGCGCCCGAGCAACUCGUCGAUGCCCCAGCGCCAGAACCCGCGGCUCCGCCUCCGCUUUUCUUUCCACCCCCUGUGCCCCUUAGCCCGCCUCCCCGUCCUCCGCUGCAGCCACCGCCAAUGCCGCCAAGCGCCCCUUCUCUGCCGCUCUCUCCUGGCUCCCUAUUCCCUAACUCUUCGCCCUCGCCUCCAGCUCUCUUCCCCCCUUCCCCGAAACCCCCUCCACCGCCUCCAGCGCAGCCCCCGUCUCCCCCACCUUUUGGGCCCUCUCCCCCACCCCCUCCUGCCCCUCCCCCACCGCCGCCUAUCAUCAUUCUGCCUUCUGACGACUCGUCAACAACGGAGGUCAGCGGUGGAGGAAUGAGCAGUGGUGCCCUGGCAGGAACCAUCAUUGGAGUGGUGCUGGGUGUGCCUCUGCUGGCUGGAGGAGUGUGGAUGGGAGUGCAAUGGAUGCAAACUAAGCAUGCAGCAGCGGCAGGGGUCAAAACUGCUGCACCAGGGCCAGGAUAGACAGCUUACUGUUUUGAGGGGCAGCUGAAGGGAAGGUUUGUUAGUGGACUGUAGCAUUCCUCGCGGGCUCUUUCAAGGUCUCGUGUUCCAGUAAGCUAUUACCAGAGCGGAACGAAUAAUAUUUAUGUCGAAUUCAUAUCCAUGAUGUUGAGAACAAUUUUCUUGUCUGUUACCUUGAG